CGGCGCCGGCUCCGUCCUCCGCGGGCUGGGCGCCGCGCCGCGCCCCACUCGGCCCGGCGGAGCCGGGUUGGGCAGCCCGGGAGGCGUCUCCGCCGCAGCCCCCGCCCCGCCGCGCCGGUGCCGAAGCGCCUCCGCCGCUCCUCGGCAGCACCCCCGGGACAGCGGCGCCCCGUCGGCCCCGCAGCAGCACCGGGCCUCCCGCCCGGCCCGGGCUCUCCCUGCCGCCGAGGACACCUCCUGGGAGAUAAAUAAAUUAGUAAGCCCACUCACCCCCCGUGGCAGUGAGAGGAGCCGGCGGCGGCGGCCGCGGGAUUAGACCCAGCCCGAGCUAGAGACCAGCCUCUUUGGAAAGGUGACCUAGACCAAAAAUGCCACCAGCAGUAACAGCACCACAGUACCCACCUCCAGAUGGAGGCUGGGGAUGGGUUGUGGUCUUUGGGGCUUUUAUCUCCAUUGGAUUUUCCUAUGCAUUCCCCAAAGCCAUCACAGUAUUCUUCAAAGAAAUACAGGAAAUCUUCCACACAUCAUAUAGUGAGAUAGCUUGGAUAUCAUCGAUAAUGUUGGCUGUCAUGUAUGCUGGAGGUCCCAUAAGCAGCAUUUUAGUAAAUAAGUAUGGUAGCCGGCCCGUGAUGAUAGCAGGAGGUAUAUUGUGUUCAUUUGGAAUGAUUGCGUCCUCUUUCUGCAAUAGUGUCCUGGAACUUUAUCUAUGUAUUGGUGUUGUUGGAGGUCUGGGUUUAGCAUUCAACUUGCAGCCUGCCUUGACCAUGAUUGGCAAGUAUUUCUAUAAGAAGCGUCCCAUUGCUAACGGAUUGGCCAUGGCUGGAAGUCCAGUGUUUCUAAGCACAUUGGCACCUCUCAAUCAAUUCCUCUUUAAUGCAUUUGGCUGGAAAGGAAGCUUUCUCAUUCUGGGAGGACUUCUUUUGAACUGCUGUGUGGCAGGGUCACUGAUGAGACCCGUUGGACCAAAACCAGUCCCUCCUGUGAAAAAAGAUGUUGAGAAAGGCGCAGGAGAUUCUACCUUGCACAAAAACAACAAGAAGUCUUUUUGGCAAACUAUGAAUAAAUACCUAGAUUUGUCCCUCUUCAAACACAGAGGUUUUCUGAUUUAUUUGUCAGGAAAUGUUAUUAUGUUCAUUGGUUUCUUCGCUCCAAUCGUAUUCUUGGCUCCUUAUGCCAAGCACAAGGGAAUUGAUGAAUAUUCUGCUGCUUUUUUGCUCUCUAUCUUAGCCUUUGUAGACAUGUUUGCUAGGCCUUCAAUGGGACUUGUAGCAAACUCCAAAUUUAUCCGGCCAAAGAUCCAGUACUUUUUUAGUUUUGCUGUCUUGUACAAUGGUGUCUGCCAUAUCUUGUGCCCUCUGGCAACAAAUUACACUGGCUUGGUGAUAUAUUCUGUAUUUUUUGGGUUUGCAUUUGGAAUGGUUAGCAGUGUGCUUUUUGAGACAUUGAUGGACCUCGUUGGUGCUGCCAGAUUUUCCAGUGCAGUUGGACUUGUGACGAUAGUGGAAUGUUGCCCUGUUCUCAUAGGGCCUCCUCUAGGAGGUUGGUUAGUGGAUGUUACUGGUGAAUAUCAGUACAUGUAUUUUGUCUGUGGAGUGAUCGUGAUUGUGGCCAGUAUCUGGUUGUUCAUUGGCAAUGCCAUUAACUACAGGCUUUUGGCAAGAGAAAAGAAGUUAGAAGAUGAGAAUCAGAAAGCACAGAAGAACGCCGACCCAAAAGAAGCCGAACCAUUAACAAACAACGAGAAUGAAGAUGCUUCCAGCAGGGCCAACAAAGCUCUAGAAGAUCCUUCAGAAAGAGAAACCAAUAUUUAAUCUGCAGUAUAGCUCAAAAGUCAACGUUUAUGACUUCCAUUAGAAAUAUCUUUUUCAAGACACAGGCCAGGUUUUUAGUAACAAUGAUCAGUCACAAUAUUGUAUGGGAACAGAUUUUUGCCCCAUGGCAAGACUCCAGGUUAAAUUACCAUUUGCAGUUUAUUUAUUUCAGUGAUACAAAGUUGAGGUUUCAGAGGUAGUGAUUCCAUGCAAAUGAGUCCAUCCAAACUCUGGACAAUCAGAGUCAGGUAAGCCAGAUUAUAAAGUCUUCCAAUGACAAACAGUUUUUUUUCUAAAGAACUUCUAAUAUAAAAGCAUCUCUUAAUCUUAUUUGGGAAGACACUUUAAGUCCAUCUUUAGAGUAUUAGUAAAAUCUGUUGAAAUAAUCUGCCCACACUAUAUUUACAACUAAUAUUAAAAAAGAAUGUAAGCUCAAGGAUUUGUUUCUAAAGAGACAGAAUAACUAAGUGAAGAACACUGGAAAUAUUUUUCCUUUUUGUAUGCCCACUAGAUUAAAAAUGUAUAUUAUGUCUGUAUAAAAAUUUACAAUAUGGAUGUAAAAAUUAAUGUUAGAAAGCAAACAAUUAGUGGGCUCUAUAUCUAAAAUGAAUCAAAUAGUUGAAUUAAAAUAUAUCCUAGAGGUUGUUUCCUCCAGUGAUAGAUGCCUACAUUAUACUUCAACAUACACAUUUGAACACAAACUACGUUCAGACCUCACUAAUUGAAACUACACUAAAAUCUGCCUGUACAUAAAAGGGUUUUAAACCAAGAUUUACAUUGCUAACAAGAGUGGCAAUCAGUUUGUUCAGUUUUAUAUUCCUGUAUGGUUGAAGGAACUGCAUUGGUCUGUGAAGCCUUCUUUCUCUAGGGAUUUGAUUCAGAAGCCACUGAUGCUAAAAAGAUAUUUACCCUUGACUUUUCUGGCUAGAAUCAGUUUCAUGGCAAUUACUUCAAAUCAGAUGUUUGGGUUUAUUGGCAAGAAGUCAUUAGUUCAUUGACAGUUUAUGGAGGGAAGAUUUAAAGUUUAUCUUCAGGUCCUUGCAGCAGGUAACUUCAUACCAGUUCUCGCCUGCCUUUCUCAUAUACUUGGUGAAAACCCACUUCUUUUUUAUAUUGCCGGUUUGAGCAAAAUGCUGCAAGGCACGUCAACAGUGCCAGUCUGGGAGCCUUGUAUUGACAUAUCAUUUUUGUGCAGAAUAUUUGGUCUCAUGUCUGCAAUUUUACACAGACACUCAUAUUAAAUAUCAAUUAAAAUGUACACCACUGUUUUUCUUCCUUUAGGCAAAAGAAAACAUAGGUCUACAAUUUAACUUUACAAAAAAUAUCUAGCAUUGCACUUGAAAGCCAAAAAUGAAAGCUUCUGAAAGUAUUAAAAGCAAAUAUUUCUGUUUUAUUUGUAGGUGAGGAUAGGUGCUAUUCAUUUUGGAGAGAUGCAUGUAAAUGCCUCUGAAAUUGUGACAAUUAAGGGUCUGAUUCAUAAAAUAUUUAUGCACUGUUUAUGCAGGGUGCAUGCACAUUCAGUUCAGGAAAAUGAAUAUCUAAUUUGAGCCCUUUUUUUAAUCUCAAAAACGUGUAAAUAUAUGGACAGAAAGCUUUGUUAAACUCAUUAUGGAGUGCCAAUAUCAAAAGAAAAAAGUGAAAUAGUAAAGUAUAGAAGGGAUGUGAGCACUUCUAAGAAAGCCAUGUCCUAAUGGUAAUGUUCAAUAUGAUUAUUUGAAUUUGUUUUUUUUUUUUUAAUUUGGUAGUGCUUGCCUUAUGUACUUAUAUCACUUAUAUCACCUUAUAUACUAUGAACUUCUGCAGUAAUAUUGAACCUUUUCAUCACCUUAGCACUGCUUUUGGGAAGCAGCAUCAUGAAUCUACUAUCAGCAUGGUACAGAAAGUAGUGUCUACAUUUCACCUAAUUAUCUUCAGGAAUACCAAACAAUGUUUAAAAAUCUUGUAAUUUAAUAGGAACAUCGACAACAAAGUAUGUGCAUUUCAGAGUUAUAGGAGAAAAUUUGUGUUUGAGCAGUGAACUGUGUAAGGGAGAAAGAUUGGCUUCGUAGUCCUGGUAAAAUUACAGUUCUUCUUCCAGCCCCCUGCUUCAGAGAAGAAAUAAAUACUCUGCAUUUCUUUUCAAGAUGUAGGUAGACAGGCCAGCACCCCAUGAGGUAAAAGCGUUCUCUUUUUCGCUGUACAAAUAUACAGUGUUAGUUCCAGGAUCCCCAGUCUGUGAAGGCCCUACAUGCCCAAAGGGAGACAGAGGUGAGGAGUUUCAUAAACGCUAAGCUUUCACAUAGCUAGGAAUAUCAGUUAUAAAUACUGGAUUGUGAAAGAUGAACUAAAACUUUAGCUAAAGAAUAGUCAUCAGGAACAUCACUCUGCUUUUGACAGCAAGUGGUAGGAAGGCACAGAUUAUUUGAAAAGACAUGAAUAUAGAGGCUGAACCAAAAUGACUGAGGCAAAAUUUUAGGUGCUUAUUAUCUCUUUGCAAAAAACAGCACGAUUAAAAGUACAGGGUAGAAGACAACUGGCAUCACUUUUUGACUUUGUCUGUUAAAUGUCGCUGUCGAGUAAAUAAGGGACUCAGAAAAAAGAUGAUUAAAAACAAGACGUUCUCAGGAACCAUUCAGGCAAUUUACCUGCUCAGUGCAGGAUCACAAACUCAGAAGACAAUAUGACAUAGCAUAGGAACUCAGGGAAAAAAAUGGUUCCUUGGGCCAUAGACACGACUGGCCACAAAUACCAAAAAUUAUGUUACUAUCUUAGAAGAAAUCAAAAUUUAUAUAUACAUGACCCUCUGAAGAGUUACUACUCUUUCAUCUCCAGUCAAUUACCUUAAAAAAAAUAAUAGUAAUAAAAGAGCUGGUUUACUACCACUAACCAAUGUGCAAUUUUUAAUUGCAUGAGAAGAUAAAACGGUGUAGCAGGCACCAGAAGCCAUAUAAAGUGUAAACCAACUGAAACAUUUCUUUACACCUCUUUCAUUAUUUUUCCUCUUAAAAGUAGCAACAAAGAAAGAAAAUAUCAGAAUACUCUUGAUAUUACUGAAUGUUGAGGAAGUUUGAAUACAGAGAUGAAUGAGGAAGAUUGGGACCAUAUCUAUGCAAAACUGCUUGAGAUUAAAAAAGCUGGGUCUUCCAAAUAACAGGUCCUGAAGGAGCAGUUGCUUUGUAUAUGUACCUCUUAUUUCUAAAAGUAAUAAUAACAAUAAAUUGCCUUGAAUUCAAUCUAUAUUGAGCAGCAAACUAGCUAAAUGCUAGCUAAAUAUAACAUACACCUGUAUAUCAUUCUUGCACUGAGCUGUACCUUGUGCUGAAAGUGUUUUCAUCAUCACAUUUCUAUUUUCAGGCUAAGACCUGGGUAUACACCAUCUCUCUAUAUCCCCCUGGUUUCUUUUAAUUAUCUCCCUGGACCACGGGAGCUGCAGGACCAAGGGAUGACCCUGCCCUGCCAUCAGGGAAUGUACUGUCAAACUUCAAGACAUACCACAUGCAUCUGUUACGCAGUAUAGGGUCUCUGUCAGUCAGUGCCAGCACAUCCUUAAUUGGUCUUAAUCUCAUUUUUAAUCAUUUAUCCUUCAUCCUCUUCAUUCCUCGACCACAUUAUCACUGAGCCUAAUUAUCAUCUUGCUCUUAUUUGAUCAAUCAGGAAAAAUAAUGCUGAAAUUUUAGAGCUAGUAUCAGAUGGGAUAAUUAACCUACGUCAGUAAUGUUUUUUCCUAUUCAAUGUCAAGAUUAAAUUUCAAAUAGUUUCAGAGUAUACAGCCACAUACAGUCACUUUUAUCUCUUUAAGGUUUUGUGAUAACUUACUUCUCUAGUACCUGGAGAGUUCUUCUCCCUUUUCCAACUCCAAAGAUAGACUUAUCAGCAAUAAUUCUCAAUUCUCUCAAUUUUCAUAUAAAAGUUCACCCAUGUCACCUCUCACCGCUGAAUUGUUUGCAGUUCUUGCCAAUUCUGCAUUUCCACCAAGUUCACAGAAGCAGAUUUUGAAUCUUAAAUCUUAAAUUCUGAAGCAUAAGUAGUCAGGCUGCAAUUCUUUUAUGCUGGGGCAUGAGUUGUGAGCUUUUUUGAGAGAGCUAGAGAAAGUUUUUUUUACCUCCACAUAGGGUGGGACUUUAGGGGGGGGUUCUUUUUUUUUUUUCUCUUAUUUUUUGGUAAAGAUGCUCUCCCUUCUCAUUUUCUGCUGAAGUUAAUGGCAGCAAUUUCACUGACUUGAUCAUCCAAAAUUCACAUUAAUUUUAAUGGUCCUUUUGCAUAACAACAUCCAGUGUGCUUAAAAACUUUGGGCCAUGUGUACCUAAUUGGUCAAAACUUGGAGAAGCCAAUGGGAGUUUCACAAGCUCUCGUGGCAAAUGACCAGUUUCAAAUGUUUUUGUAGAACUGUCCGUAAAGAUUCCAUGAAGUAACAGUAUAUACUGACUCAAGAGGUAGGAUUAAUCUAACUUAGCUUGCCCAUGUAGAAAUUAUAUUCACUUUAUUAUCCUUUAAAUAAGCAUACUUAAUUACUGUUUUUCUAAUUUCAUUUCCCCUCUCAUUCCUCUUAAAGUAUUUUUCUUUUUUCUUUUUUUCUGUUUUCCAUUCGGAUGUAAUAUAAAGGCCCAGACAUAUAGUGACUUUUGUUAAAUGAUUUCAUGUCUUUAUCUUUCCUCAGACGAGGAUGUGACUUUUUUUCACUUGUUACUUCCAAGUUUGGAUAGUUGUGAGUAUUAGUGAUACAUAAUAAGCUACAGAUACAUAUUCAUAUUCAACUACGUAAUAAGCUACAGACAUCACAUACAGCCAUCAGUGCAGCCAUCAGGAUUUCACUAAACAAAACUAGUGACCACUUUUUUAGACAAACUUGCUGUAACUUAUACUGACAAUUUUGCCUAUAUCAAAAUUGAAUUGAGGCAACUUUUGUUAGUUUCUCUAUAGAUAACUAUUUUUCUACUCACACAGAGGAAUAUAAAGGGAAUUUUCUAAGUGAUUAUUACCAGAAAUGACAUAUCAAUUUUAACAAGGCUCUCUGUGGAUUUUUUUUUUUUUCGGGUGGGUACUUUUCUGAUAUUUUUGCAUAUAUAUUAAAAGCAUUUGCAUGUAUAGGCACCUUUGCAUAAACAAUGUGCUACAUAAUUUCAACAUGAUUUGCAUGUGCUUCUUUUGCAGUUCAGUUUUUUCUCUAUCAUCUACCUCUCGAUUACAGUUUGGAGACUUGCAUGACCCUGGAAGAAUAUAGUUAACAAAAAACGUGGAGAUAAAGCCUAUACAGUUUAUUAGAAAGUCUCCCAAAUAUUUGAAGUCACUUACAGUUACAUUUUUACAGGCAUUGCAUAUUUAUGACCAUAUUCUUUGUUUCUAACAGUUGACAUUGUUUUAUAAACUGCCUUCUGAAGACUUACCUGUGUAGUUUUUACACCAAUAAAGUGGUGUAAAAACUCCAUCCUUCAUUUAAACAUACAAAGUCCUCCUGCCCUUUUUCUGAGAUGCUGCCUCUCCUUUUUUUUUUUUUUUUUUUUUCCCUUUUCCAUUUCUGGGUUAAUGGAAAUAAUGAAAUGCAAACAUUAUGUUGUUAGUACAUACAAAAAACAGUUCUAAAAAGGAGUGUUACAGAACACUUCACACUUUGCAUCCCUGAAAAAAAAGUUUAUCUGAUUUGUAAAUAAUAUAAAAUUUUGGCUCUCUUUCUUUUUUGUGAGGCAUCUGGGGGAGAUGAUCACAAAAAGUUGGAUUGGGGCCAAGGCACAAUAAUUGUUCUUCAUAUGCUGUUUAUAACAACACGAUGAUUGUUUCUUCAAAGAUACUCUUCUUUUUAGUCUGCAAACUACUCUUACCUUCUAGGAUCUAAUACAAAGUUCAUUGAAGCCAACAGAAAGAACCUAUCAAAGAAAGUCAAAGAAAGAGCUUUCUCAGACACUGGAGAUGAUGUGGCUUCAGUGGAGGCUUCCGCCUUAUUUUUCCAUAUCAGAUCUCAGGAGUAUCGGAUAUAACAGAGCAAAUGUAGGCUUUGUUGCAACUGGCAAAUUAGCUGUGCCUGCAUACUAUUCCUAAUGAAUCAGUCCCUAAAUUAACGCACAAUAUCUAUUACUUCGAUAGUUUCUGUAAAUAAUAAAAACAUUAACUCUGAAUGUAGAUUAUAAAAUAUAGAAGGUAUAUUUAAAUAUCUGAACAAAUCUGUUUAAUCCCAAAGGGAAAUUACCAAUUUCCUUUCAAGCUUUUCUUCAGCAGUUUAUAAUCUUCAUUAUUCUUAUUUCCAGAGAAAGUGGGUUUUGUCAUUUUGGAAUGUGUAUAUAUACGUGUGUGUGUAUAUAUGUAUAAGGGAAUGUGUGUGUGUGUGUGUGUGUGUGUGUGUGUGUGUGUGUGUGUGUGUGUGUGUGUGUAUUCCCCUAUAAAUAAAACUCUAAUUUAUAUAUAUGUUAUAUAUUUAUAUAUAUAAAAUAUAUAUAAUAUUUUAGAGUAAGUUGCAUACUGUGCCUGAUAAAUAAAACAUAUUUGUAAACAGAAAAAAGACUUCAGCAAAUGAAAGAAAAAAUAAAGCUUUUCUACAAGAGUAUAUAUUUUAUUAUUUUUCAGUUUCUGCUGGUUUUAUUUAUAUCAGAAAUUCAUUCAGAAAACUGUAAUACUACGUAACACUGAUAUUUCUACCAUGACUCAGCUGUUCAAAGUGGCCUGAGAUCACUGGGAGUUUUCAUUGGUUUUAGACUGUAAAAGAGCAACAUUUUAUGGAGGGAGGGGACGGUGCUGUCAGUUGUUUGUUCUGUGGAAGUAUGAACCAGAUGAUUCUGUGAAUACACUGACAUUUCGUCUAUUGUAGUUAAUAGAUAUGUGACAAGAUCAUAUGAGGUAUUGGUGGACAUGAUAUUCCGAUAAAAUGUAUGUAAAAUGAGGGUACUCAAGGCCUUUCAAACAAUACUCCCAUUUAAAAAAUCAGCCAAAAUUGAGAUUUUGGGAAACUCUCCUAAACACUACAAUAUAAAAGCACUGACCAUUUUUCAUAACUUUUUCAUGUUUUGUUUUUAUUUUUUCUCUGCAAGUAUGCAAUUACGUGAAAAGUCUACAUUAGCCUCUGACUCUUAAAAAGUUCUACCUAAAAGUUUUUACAAGAUUUUUCAGAGUGGUACGUAAAGCACCUACACAAAUACCCUUCCUUAAGUGUGAUGUAGGUGCAUUUUCCACUUAUGGCCUUCUUGGAAAGUUCACCACUUCUGCAGUCUACCAACAGAACUCGGUAUUGCUAUGCAAUAAUUAAACAUGCAGUAGCCAUUGUUGUUGACUAACAGGUGUUUUUCUUCCUUUUUAUAUUUUGCAAUACUGUGCAGUUUUUACUUGAAUAUAUUGGCUAGACCUUUUUUUUUUUAGACAAUCAUUUAUUAGCUGGAGGUGCUAUUUAUGUUCCAAAGAGAUCUGGGUGGAUGAUAACCUUCUCUUUCUACAUGCCAAAUGCUUUUUUGACCUGACAAAAUUCAUUGUCCAUACUGUAUAUUAACUCUGUAAAAUGCUUAUGCACUGCAUUGCAUUGUAUUUUAAUGCAUUCUUGCUCAUUAACUUCUAUUCCAGGCCUGUAGUAGUGUCUAAUAUGUCAAAUUUGUCGGUAUAUAUUUAUGGCAAAUUGCAAGGAAAAAUGUGUAUGAUAAACAAUUUAAAAAAAAGAAAAAAGAAAAUAAAAUUUCCAUGUAAAGUUUCUGAAA